AUGGAGCGGGGGGGCGGUGAGGGCCUGGGCCCUUCUCCCCGGGACCCCCGUGGUGGGCAGGGCUGCGGGCUCAGGCGGCGGCGGGUGAAGCGCCCUGGGGGAGGCGGCUCUGGCCGCCCAGCGUCCACUGCCACCGGCGCCUGGGUGGAAGCGGUGGUAGAGGCCCUUUCAGAGGCGUUUGGAAAUGGCCAUGCGGUGGUUUUCCGUUCAAUCCGAGCUGGCACCAGCAUGACAGGCAGGUGUAGACCCUUGGUGCGGGAGAGCGCGCAAGGGGUGGAGGAAACCAAGGAGCGGGAGAAAGUGAGGCUAAAUGACAGCAGCUGUGGCCCCGACAUACCAGAUGUGGCUAAGCGGCUCUGUUUGGAAGAGAAAACUGGUAAGGAUAAAGACAAAUACCCAGCAAAGUCCCAGGUCUGGGACAUGUUGUCACCUCUUACUGCACACCUGACGACUGAGGUCAGAGAGGCCUUAGAAAUAGCACGGGCUAGAGACAUCACUCAGAAAGGAUAUGAAAAGAAAAGAGCAAAGCUGUUAGCACGGUACAUACCGCUAAUUCAAGGUGUGGAUCCAUCCUUGCAAGCAGAGAACAGAGUCCCAGGCUCUUCGCAAGCUACCGCUGCUGUAUCUAAACAGCAGAAAUCCCGUUCUACCAACUCAAGGGAUGAGCGCUUCCGAUCUGAUGUCCACACUGAAGCAGUACAAGCAGCACUCGCAAAAUACAAAGAGAGAAAAAUGCCCAUGCCUUCAAAAAGACGGUCUGUUCUUGUGCACUCUUCAGUAGAAACGUACACACCUCCAGACACAUCGUCAGCAUCAGAAGAUGAGGGCUCGUUACGUCGGCAAGGGCGGAUCACCUCCACUCCGUUCCAGAGCCAUUCCAACGUAGAGCCCUGGCUUAACCGGGUUAUUCAGGGCUCCUCCACCUCAUCCUCUGCAUCCUCCACCUCAUCUCAUCCAGGAGGGAAACCUGCUGCUGCUUCCAAUACUGCUACUGCCACCGCUGCUGCCACUGUGCUUGCAGAUCUCAUGGCACACACCCAGCUAGAUAACCACUUUGCACCCCCAGAUGUAACCACUGGCCUGGUUGAACACUUACAUCAUGAGCGUCCACAGGUGGCAUCAGUACGAGGAGUUCCCAGAGGCUACCACAGCAGCAUUUUGGAAACUGCAGAUGGUGUCCCAGUGAAUAGCAGAGUGUCCUCUAAAAUCCAGCAACUUCUAAAUACCUUGAAAAGACCAAAGCGCCCACCCUUGAAAGAGUUUUUUGUUGAUGAUUUUGAAGAACUGCUAGAAGUGCAACAGCCUGACCCAAAUCAACCAAAGCCUGAAGGAAAUCAAAUGAACGUACUUAAAGGUGAACCCUUAGGGGUGGUAACCAACUGGCCACCUUCUCUGCUGGCUGCCCUGCAGCGCUGGGGAACUACCCAGCCAAAAGCCCCUUGUCUGACAGCAUUGGAUACGACUGGGAAAGCUAUUUAUACGCUUACCUAUGGCAAGCUGUGGAGUCGAAGCUUGAAGUUAGCAUAUACCCUGCUAAACAAGCUAACCACUAAGAGUGAACCACUGCUGAAGCCUGGAGACCGGGUAGCUCUCGUAUUUCCUAAUAGUGAUCCAGUUAUGUUUAUGGUGGCAUUUUAUGGAUGUCUUCUGGCAGAACUUAUUCCUGUCCCAAUAGAAGUUCCACUAACAAGAAAGGAUGCUGGCAGCCAGCAGAUUGGAUUUCUUUUGGGCAGCUGUGGAGUAACACUAGCUUUAACCACUGAUGCCUGUCAAAAAGGCCUUCCUAAAGCUCAGACUGGUGAGGUGGUUACAUUCAAAGGCUGGCCUCGUCUCAUUUGGUUUGUGAUUGAUGGGAAGCAUCUGGCAAAACCAACUAAGGACUGGCAUCCACAAGUACGGGAUGCCAGUGCUGAGAUUGCUUAUAUUGAGUACAAAACAAGUAAAGAGGGCAGCACUGUAGGCAUUACUAUAUCUCAUGCUUCCAUGCUGGCACACUGUCAUGCAUUGACUCAGGCAUGUGGUUAUUCAGAAGCUGAAACACUAACAAAUGUCUUGGAUUUCAAAAGAGAUGCUGGCCUUUGGCAUGGAGUAUUAACAAGUGUUAUGAACAGGAUGCAUGUCAUCAGUAUUCCCUAUGCAUUAAUGAAGGUUAAUCCACUUUCCUGGAUACAGAAAGUCUGCUCAUACAAAGCCCGUGUAGCAGUAGUAAAAUCACGUGAUAUGCACUGGUCACUUUUGGCUCAGAGGGAUCAGAGAGAUGUCAGUCUGAGUUCUUUACGAAUGUUAAUAGUGGCAGAUGGAGCUAAUCCAUGGUCAAUAUCUUCAUGUGAUGCAUUCCUGAAUGUAUUUCAAUCCAGAGGUUUGAGACCAGAAGUAAUCUGUCCCUGUGCUAGUUCUUCAGAGGCGCUAACUGUUGCUAUUCGCAGACCUCCAGAACUGGGUGGGCCUCCUCCAGGAAAAGCAGUAUUAUCUAUGAAUUGUCUGAGUUUUGGCGUGAUAAGAGUGGAUACAGAAGAGAAGUUGUCAGUGUUAACUGUACAGGAUGUUGGUCAGAUUAUGCCUGGAGCAAAUGUGUGUGUUGUGAAGGUGGAUGGGACUCCUUAUCUGUGUAAAGCUGAUGAGGUUGGAGAAAUAUGUGUGAAUUCAGGUGCAACUGGGAUGGCAUAUUUUGGCCUCCUCGGAAUCACCAAGAAUGUGUUUGAGGCCAUUCCAGUGACGGCAGCCGGCGUGCCUGUUUCAGACCAACCCUUUACAAGAACAGGAUUGCUUGGCUUUGUGGGUCCUGACUAUUUGGUGUUUGUGGUAGGAAAAUUGGAUGGCCUAAUGACAGUUAGUGGCCGCAGACACAAUGCAGAUGAUGUGGUAGCCACCGCAUUGGCAGUUGAACCCAUGAAGUUUGUCUAUCGGGGAAGGAUAGCAGUGUUUUCUGUGACCGUUUUGCAUGAUGAUCGAAUAGUGCUUGUGGCAGAGCAGCGCCCUGAUGCGUCAGAGGAGGAUAGUUUUCAGUGGAUGAGCAGGGUUCUACAGGCAAUUGAUAGCAUUCACCAAGUGGGCGUCUACUGUCUUGCCUUGGUGCCAGCCAACACUUUGCCAAAGGCUCCACUCGGAGGAAUUCACAUUUCCGAAACUAAGCAGCGCUUUUUAGAGGGUGCUCUGCACCCUUGUAAUGUCUUGAUGUGUCCACAUACUUGUGUUACUAACCUGCCUAAGCCUCGACAGAAACAACCAGAUGUUGGUCCUGCUUCAAUGAUAGUAGGAAACCUUGUUGCUGGAAAGAGAAUUGCACAAGCCUCAGGGAGAGAUGUUACCCAGUUGGAGGAUAAUGACCAGGCAAGAAAGUUCCUGUAUUUAGCAGAUGUUCUUCAGUGGCGAGCUCAGACAACUCCAGAUCAUCCCCUCUUCCUUUUGUUGAAUUCCAAGGGCACUGUAGCUAGCACUGCAUCAUGCAUACAGUUGCACAAGAGAGCAGAGAGAGUGGCAGUUGCACUGAUAGAGAAAGGACGACUGAAUGUUGGUGACCACGUGGCCCUGGUUUAUCCUCCAGGAGUAGACUUGAUAGCAACUUUCUAUGGCUGCUUAUAUGCCGGCUGUAUACCUAUCACCGUUCGCCCACCUCAUCCACAGAACCUUGCUACUACUCUGCCCACUGUCAAAAUGAUUGUAGAGGUCAGUAAGUCUGCAUGUAUACUGACCACGCAAGCGAUAAUGAAACUGCUGAAGUCCAAGGAAGCUGCAACAGCUGUAGAUAUUAAAACAUGGCCCACUAUUUUGGAUACAGAUGAUAUGCCUAAGAAGAAGCUGGCUAGUAUUUUCAGACCUACAUCUCCAGAUAUGUUGGCAUACUUGGACUUCAGUGUGUCUACUACUGGUAUAUUAGCAGGAGUAAAGAUGUCACAUGCAGCUACAAGUGCCUUAUGUCGCUCUAUAAAGCUACAGUGUGAGUUGUACCCUUCACGUCAGAUUGCCAUCUGCCUUGACCCUUACUGUGGCUUGGGAUUUGCACUAUGGUGCUUGUGCAGUGUUUAUUCGGGUCAUCAGUCUAUUCUAGUCCCUCCUCUGGAACUGGAGAGCAAUGUGUCUCUGUGGUUGUCUGCUGUAAGUCAGUAUAAAGUGCGCGUCACGUUCUGCUCGUACUCUGUGAUGGAGAUGUGCACCAAAGGGCUUGGAACACAGACUGAUAAUCUCCGGAUGAAAGGAGUUAACCUGUCCUGCGUGCGAACAUGCAUGGUGGUUGCAGAGGAGAGACCAAGGAUUACAUUAACACAGUCUUUCUCGAAGUUAUUCAAGGACCUGGGCCUCUCUGCUCGUGCAGUGAGCACUACAUUUGGGUGCAGGGUCAAUGUAGCAAUUUGCUUACAGGGAACAGCAGGACCAGAUCCAACAACGGUCUAUGUAGAUAUGAGAGCACUUCGACAUGACAGGGUGCGUUUGGUAGAGAGAGGUUCUCCACACAGUCUGCCACUUAUGGAGUCUGGGAAGAUUCUUCCAGGGGUAAAGGUCAUCAUAGCACACACGGAAACCAAGGGACCCCUGGGAGACUCGCAUUUAGGAGAGAUAUGGGUGAGUAGUCCACACAAUGCUACUGGUUACUACACAGUGUAUGGAGAAGAAGCACUGCACGCUGAUCACUUUACUGCUCGCUUGAGUUUUGGAGACACUCAGACUGUAUGGGCUCGGACUGGGUACCUUGGCUUUCUGCGCAGAACAGAACUUACUGAUGCUAGUGGAGAGAGGCAUGAUGCCCUGUAUGUGGUAGGCUCUUUGGAUGAAACACUGGAGCUCAGAGGAAUGAGGUACCAUCCCAUUGAUAUAGAGACUUCUGUAAUAAGAGCACAUAAGAGCAUUGCAGAAUGUGCUGUGUUUACAUGGACCAACUUGCUUGUGGUGGUUGUGGAGUUGGAAGGCUCGGAACAAGAAGCAUUGGACCUGGUCGCGCUGGUAACGAAUGUGGUUCUGGAAGAGCAUUAUCUCAUAGUAGGUGUUGUAGUCAUUGUGGACCCUGGUGUUAUUCCUAUCAACUCCCGUGGUGAGAAACAACGAAUGCAUUUGAGAGACGGAUUUUUAGCUGACCAGUUGGAUCCUAUUUAUGUUGCCUACAACAUGUGAAAACAGAAAAUCACAUCAAGGCUAAAGCACCAAAAUCAAGGGACUUUCCGAAUAAUAACAUUGGAAUCCAUUUUCUGUGUUUUUAAAAGCUGUUGAACACCUUAGGAAAAUGGAGAUACUAAUCUUCACAGACCUUCAUCUCUCCAAUUGCAUUUGCUUUCAUAAAUCCAUUGUGUAACAGUUACAGCUGUCUUAGGAUGGACAGUUUACUGGAAUUCCUGAAGGAAGCUGAUUAGAACUGUCAUGGACCAAUGUUUUUUUACAAUAAUUAUGAAUGUCAGUACUUGAUGCACUGCAUAAAAGGACAUAAAGCGGGGUGGGGAGAGAACACCAGCUGUGCGGAGGACUCUUGGAAAUAAUACUGAAAGUUGUGAGUAACCAUUCAGAGUUCACCCUCCAUGUGAUUGUUUGCAAUAUAUUGGCAGUAUCUGGGUUGGGACGUAACUUUCAAGAUUGCACACACCUCUACCAUAUUCUCUACUGUACUGAAAGGAAUUUUGCACAUAUUUGAGAUUUAAAAAUGCAGGCUUUGUAUUUCGAAUCACUGACUCAUCCCUAUUCAGAAGAAACAAAUUCAUUCCAAUCCCAGAUUCACUAUAACAACAGUUAUGCUGCUGUUCAGCUUUUUUGUACCAAGCAAAAACAAAUACUGCAACUGUAACAAGGUUACUUAUCGUGCCAUGCUGGACUCUGUAAUGCUAUAAACUUUAUAAUAAAACAU